AGUGCAACUCAGUUUUUGAUGAUGAUAAAGCUUGGGAGUUAAACGACACAGUAUUGUUAGGGCUUUUACUCUCUAGCCUUGAAGCUGGUGAAGUGAGGAUAAGAAAAAAAUCAAAUUGAGCACUUUUCUUUUUCUCCUCUGUUCUUCAGAUUGGAAGUUUGUACAUGAAUAUUUCCAGUUAUAUCUACCUUGCAAACUUGCCCUUGAGGCUUUAGUAACCUUGGGAUAUAGAGGAGGAUUCAAAUGUUACUGCUUCUGCAACUGUUUCACUUGCAAAUGAAAACAGACUUCUUAUAGAUUAUUUCAUUGGUCCACUCGAGACUCGGACUGUAGUCAUGCCCCACAUUAAAGCUAUUAUAUUGCAAUGAGCAUAAUGUUAGAAUUGCUGCUAUUGCCUCUAUUUCUUGGUAGAAAUCACUGUGAGGGCACGUAUGUUCUAAACUUGGAGAUCAUUUCUGGGUGAACACAGGGGAUUGCAAAUUUAAAUGUGGUUUUGAAACAGUUCAUGGCCAUGUCAAAAAUACCUAAGAUUAAACCAGGAGAUGUAAGCACUACAAAAGAUAUAUUUGUUUCAGCUGUUCGCUUUGCCAUGUCUAUUGAGAGACCAUGUUUUCCGUUUGGAGAUGAGCUGCGAAUCUCUGCUCAAGAGCAAAUUGACUACAUGCUAGGAGAAGAUGGAGAUACUACAAUCAUCAUGGCUGAUGAUGAAGUACAAUCAAUAGUAAGAAUGGGUGUUUAUAACAUCAUUCAUUCAUUUGAAAUGGAUUUGUCUUCCUUGCUUUUGGACCCUACCCUUGAGCUUGAGGGUGUGUAUGAUAGGAUAAUGAAAAGGGUAUCUGAUCUUGAAUGGAUGUGUAAUGUACUCCCAAAGAUGGAUCUAAUGAAGAAUUUUGUUUCUAACUGGGCUGCAAUCUCAAGUAAAAUUUUGGGGAUUAUUGAAGACAAAAAACUAGACCAUGUCAUGUGGGGGCUGAAAGUGAAAUUGAUAGAAGUAGCAUGUAAAGUUUUGGAAGCAGUUGCUUAUGGUAGCGUGAUUCUUCCAGCUCCAUGUCGGGUGCAAUUGCUAAAGACCUGGUUUCCAUAUCUUCGGAAGAUGAAGCCUUUACUGGAUUCAAAAGCCGUUGAGGAGACUGGUUUUCCUUACAAAAUGGAUGAAGAUUUGAGUCAGGCCAUUGAGGGAGCAAUAGUGUCACUGAUAUUGACAUUGCCAUCAAAUGAUCAAGCAGACAUCUUGGCAGACUGGAUCAAAAACCGGGAAGUUGGAUAUCCUGACUUGAGCGAGGCUUUUGAGGUCUGGUGUUAUAGAACCAAAUCUGCCAAAAGGAGAUUAGUAGAAGGUUUAGAUGGCCAUGGUGAUGGUGCUGCCAGCAGCUGAGUUUGGUUCUGAAAUACUAACCUUUGCUCUUUUUCUUUUUUAAACAUAAUUAUGGAUAAAUUUAGCUUCAUCAUUGUAAGAUUAAAGUUAUGAUGUAAGAUGGAGGUGUUGAUUCCUUUUAUGACACAAGCUGAAUGAAUUGAGGUACUCAAUCCUUCACUUUUUGUUUAUUUAAUUGUACUAGACAAACUAUCUGGUGAAAGUAGCAUACAAUAAUCAUAUCUGAACAUCAACAUUUGGCCAUUAAACCAACAGUGACUCCUAUCGUUUUACA